AUGUUCUACCACUGGAACAAACGAGACAUAACCCAACAAGCCUCUCCACCGAAUCCAGCAGAAGAUAAAAUGUAUACAUCAGUGAUUGCCCUAACAACCCUAGCAGCAUUCUCGUACCUCACUUUAGCCUUGCCUGCUACAGGAGAUAAGAACCCUCACGACGUAUCAGCCACUACCAUCAGCGCUCGCAAUGCUUUGCCUGACACAGCAGCCCCUGCUAGCAACCGCGGCCCAAUCCCCGUCCCAGGCACAACCCUGAACGUCUACAUUGAAGUCCCGGGGUGGGCUAAGCAUAUCGAUCCCACCGCUAUGUCUACCUUCCUUGAAUCGUUUCAGAAACAUCUCGAGGAGUCCGGCGAGGCGCCAAUACCUGUUACUGAACACUGGAGGGCUACAGGUUCCAAGCUUGGGCUUACCCUACGUCCAACACAGAAUCUUGGUCCGAACACGAUUAACUUUAGCGACGGCGCGAAGGCUAUUGCUGUUCUGAAAGCACAAGUAGAUGAAGGGGAGUUAGCUGCAGACUUUCAAUUUACGAUCUUUAAGGGCUUCGCUAUGCAGUUGGCGAAGGGGGAGCUAGGGAGUUUGACCAGUGAUGAAAAGACAGCUCAAGUAGAGGGCGUUGAUGUUCCUGUUAGCGAUGCGGGAAUGGCGACUACCUGA